AGCAAUCGGUAGCUGUUAAUGCACAUAAUUAAUUCAGAGGGUCCAGAAAUAUAAUUUGAGAGCAUUGGAAAAAAUACAGAGGAUACUGUAUAUCAUGGAUCCAUAAGAAAUGGAAAGCUCUCAGUCUGGCUGCUGUUCAGACCACAGUGUGGUCACCACACUAUUCUAAUGGGAGUUAACAGGCCGUGGGGUAUUUCAUUCUUGAAGUAGAGUGGAGAACUGUUUUGACUGUUGGGUCUAUUUUAUUCAUUUGUUUGAAAUAAAAGUAAUUCGCAAACAUGCCCACCUAUGAAAUGCCAAUAUUAUUGCGUAUUAUGAAUAAGGUAGAUUAUUCGAGAGUUUUGAGGAGAAUGGCAGAUACAAUAUUCGAAACAGGUGGUAUUAUUAGGAAAAUUGAAAAUUGGGGAGAAAAACAGCUUCCAUGUAAAGCAAGUUCCCAUGGCAAAGUGCAUAGAGAAGCUGGUUAUUUUUUCUUUUGCUUUGAUGUUCCACCAACUUCAUUAAUGAAACUUAGCGAUGAGUUUAAUAGGGAUAUAGAUGUAAUUAGGACAAGAAUAUAUAAACAAAAUCCAAUAGAAUCGAAUGAAGAAUGUACAUUGGAACAAGAGUUAUUACCUCCAGCUUACAGACCUAGUAUAUUGAAGUUAUUAGAAGAAGGACGCAGAAAAAAGAAGCACGAGUUCAAAUACAAUUCUGGGCUUGAUUACUAUCCUUUCCAAUAAUUGAUAUAUUCGAUAUUAUUUAUUAGAUGU